AUGAGCAAUACCGAUCUUGACAUUCAGAGAAAGAUGGGGGUUCUGAUCAACACGGUGUUCUCGGUUGACAGGAAGCACUCUAAUCAGCUUGCUCAGUACUGCGCCUUCAAGAGCCUCAAAGAACUCAGCUCAUAUGUUGAUAUUAUCGUCCCAGAUAUCGUUUGGUAA